ACGCAGCACGCGCACAUAGCACGUAACGGUAAAUUGAAAGAACAACGUUCCGUCGUGCUUGACUCGAUUGUUUGUUGAUAAUAUAAUAAUAUGUAUGUGGUGUGUGGGUGGAUUCGCUGCCAGUGUUGUAAAGUGAACGCGUUGAAGUUGUGCUCAGCCGAAAAAGUUCCACAGUUUAAAUACAAAAUGGCACAAGCAGAGGUGAACGAGAACGUUUUGGAUCAUCGCGUGCUACAUGAUUGGUCGAAUGUGAACGAAACAAAUGGUACCAUGCAUCUAUCAAAGGAUAUGACCUUCAACGACGGCCAUCGCUUGUCCAUCACAGUGUACAGCAUACUCUUUGUGAUCUCAUCAAUUGGCAACAGCACAGUUCUCUAUAUGCUGACGAAGCGAAGACUGCGCGGUCCCUUGCGUAUAGACAUAAUGCUAAUGCAUCUGGCCAUUGCCGAUCUAAUGGUCACGUUCCUGCUGAUGCCGCUGGAGAUCGCGUGGGCCUGGACGGUGCAGUGGCGCUCCACAGACCUUAUGUGCCGGCUGAUGCUGUUCUUUCGCGUCUUCGGCCUCUACUUGUCGAGCUUCGUCAUGGUCUGCAUAUCGUUAGACAGAUAUUAUGCGAUCUUGAAGCCACUGAAACGAUCGUACAAUCGCGGACGCAUCAUGCUGGCCUGUGCGUGGCUCGGCUCGGUGAUCUGUAGCAUACCGCAGGCCAUUCUCUUUCAUCUGGAGGAGCAUCCGCACGUCAAAGGCUACUUUCAAUGUGUCACCUUUCAUUCGUUUGCGAGCGAAGCUCAGGAGCUGAUCUAUCAGAUAUCGACCAUGUGUCUGAUGUACGCCUUUCCCCUGAUCGCCUUCAUAUACUGCUACGGUGCCAUUUACGUGGAGAUCUAUCGGAAGAGUCAGCGCGUAAUGAAAGAUGUGGUGGCCGAGCGCUUUCGUCGCUCUAACGACGACGUCCUAAGUCGGGCAAAGAAGCGGACUCUCAAGAUGACUAUCACAAUUGUGAUAGUGUUCAUCAUCUGCUGGACGCCAUACUAUAUCAUUGCCAUGUGGUAUUCGCUGGAUAAGUCAACCGUUUCGCAGGUGAACUCGCUGGUUCGCAAAUCUCUGUUCAUCUUCGCCUCGACCAACUCGUGUAUGAAUCCAUUGGUCUACGGCUUGUACAACAUUCGGGGACGGCUUAACAACAAUAAUAUGUCCGUCAACAAUCGGCAUACUUCGCUCUCCCAUCGUUUAGACUCUUCGAAUCAGCUGCUGCAGAAAACCACACUGACCAAUGGACACAGUAAUGUGGUAGCCGCUGCUGUGGCGGCAUCCACAAAGCUGGCCCAUGUGGUGCGCCUAAAGACAAAUGGCGCUGGCGAUAGCCCAGUGGUUGGCCCGGUCGUCACGACUGCGGCGGGCAGCGAGUCUGGCGUCAUUAAUGACGACAGCAUUGUCACCAUAAAGGGCCAGACUCUAACUGGACAGGAACAGGGCUCGAAUGCGACACAGGAACAGCCGCCCAAGACACCGAAAACUACCAUCAUCUGCCUCAAUUGUGAUGACCCCGUCGAUCCGGCCAAUUCGGAUAAAUCAUAAAGCGAAUGUGUUGGGCGACAGUUUGGCGGCCCCAAGACGAAUAACGACAACAGCAUCAGCAACAACUACAACUACAACAACAACAACAGCUCAAUUAAGCUCGGCUACUGUUUAGUUCGACUAUCGGGCAGCGGCUCUCGAUAAAAGGCUUUUAAUUUGCUUGUAUGUGUAUCGUAAAAUAUACGCUUACGAGUAAGACGUAGAAGCGCAUACUUCUAGAUACUCUAGUUAGUUGCCUUAUUGCUUAAUUUAAAUUAAUUUAUUCAUAAAACAAAAAUAAAAUGUAGAAAAAAUUAUAUAGAAAAUAGCAAACGACAAGAAUAUAAUAUGUGUGUAAUUAA